GGUGUCUUAUGCUGUAAACUUGGUUCCUUAAGGCACACAGCGAGGCUCUUUUGUUCCCUUUUGGUUUCUCCUUUAUCCUCUCCAUGGAAAAACGCUGUUUGCGUGUAACCACAUUUGCCACAACUAGUCAGAAAUAUGCAAAUCAAGAUGGCGAAUACAGGCGACCAAAACCCCAAGGGGUGCUGUAACAGUUCUCAUAAUCACCUCCCUCCACUCUUGUCAGUCAGCAGCUGUUCUUAGCAGAAAAUCAAGAAAGAGUAAAACUUUUUUCAAAGAAUCAAAUCAAAUGGAAGAAGUCUUGAAUUCUGCAAUAUUAACAAAUGAGGAAUUACAGAAAUUUAAUUGGAAUACUGAACUUAACUUGAGACCUUAUCAGCUCAAAGGAGCAUCUUGGCUGCUGUCAUGUUAUGAUGCUGGUCGUGGCUGUAUUUUAAGCGAUGAAAUGGGAUUAGGAAAAACAUGUCAAGUCAUCGCAAUGCUCACAGUCAUUAAAGGUAAAAAGAACAAAAAUCUUCCAUACCUUGUUGUCUGUCCCAGAUCUGUAUUAGAAAAUUGGAAACAGGAAUUUCAAAGAUUUAGUCCAACAUUGAAGAUUCUGACUUACGUUGGAAAUAAAGAAGACAGACAUAAAAUAGCUGAAGAAGUUAAGGCAGCAAGUAAUUUGUCAUUUGACCUCCUACUAACAACUUACGAACUAUGUUUAAAGGAUACAACAUUUUUACAAAGCUUAGCUUGGGAUGUCCUAAUUGUAGAUGAAGGACACAGGCUCAAAAACAGUGAAUCUUUGCUCCAUCAAACAUUGCAGGAGUGGGACAUAAAAGUUCACAUUUUACUGACAGGCACUCCAGUACAAAAUAAUCUACAAGAGCUAUAUUCACUACUUAAUUUUGUGGACAGUUCAAAGUUCAAGUUGUCAGGGUCAGAAACAUUUGUGGAGAAGUUCUCGUCUAAAACUCAAGACGUGAAAGAGCUUCAUCAACUUCUGGCCCCGUACCUUCUGAGAAGAACAAAAGACAUGGUGUUGCCAGAUUUACCAGAGAAAAGUGAUAUUAUCUUGUACCAUGGUUUGUCAAGUCUACAAAAGAAACUCUACAAAGCCAUUCUGGUCAAAGAUAUAGAUGUGUUUGAGAGUACUAGCAAGUCGAGCCAGACGCCUCUGAAAAAUAUUUUAAUGCAGCUGCGUAAAUGUGCUGUUCACCCAUAUUUGUUUGACAAUGUGGAGCAAGAGCCCUUUGUCCUUGGUGAACAUCUUGUCGAGUCCAGCUACAAAUUGAUGCUGUUGGAUCGCUUGAUGGCAUUCCUGAAGGCAGGUGGUCACAAGGUACUGAUAUUCUCACAAAUGACCAGAGUGCUUGAUAUUCUACAAGACUACCUGGGAUACAGAGACUACAGCUAUGAGCGCCUUGAUGGCUCUGUGAGAGGAGAAGAACGAUUUUUGGCUGUCCAGAACUUCAAUGCAAAUGAGGAUACUUUUGCAUUCCUUUUGAGCACAAAAGCUGGUGGACAAGGUUUAAAUCUGACUGCUGCUGACACUGUUAUCUUUGUGGAUAGUGAUUUUAACCCACAGAAUGACCUUCAGGCAGCUGCCAGGGCACACAGGAUAGGUCAGGACAGGCCUGUUAAAGUCAUACGUCUGAUUGGUAGAAACACAGUUGAGGAAAUCAUUCUAAGCAGAGCUGAAGCCAAAUUGAAACUGACAGAGAAAGUGAUAAAGAAUGGAGCUUUUGCUGCUAAGUCUGAAGAUACAACGUUGUCACAUAAUGCUGAGGAGUUGCAAGAAAUUCUAAAGUUUGGAUUGGAUAAUUUAAACAUUGAAGAUAAAUAUGAUGAAACUAUUGACUUUGAGGCAAUUCUUGGACAUUCUCACAAUGGUAGCUGGGUUGUGCCAGUGAAGAAAGAAUCAGAAGCUGAUGAUAAGAAAUCAGAAACUAAGGAAAGUGAGACCACAGCGCAGAGUAUGUAUGUAUUUGAAGGCACUGAUUAUUCAAAGGUCCCUUCAGCUGCUGAUAUCAAAGCCUUUGAGCAGCUUUUAUUGGAAGCAGAGAAACAAAUAUUGGAAACAGAAGAAGAACUUGGGACCAAGGCCAGAGAUGGUGCCCCAUCGGUCUCACGAAGUAGGAAUAAGAAGGUUUUGACCCCUGAAGAACAAGAAGAGCUGAGAAAGAAGAGGCAGGAACAAGCCGAAAUGAUGUUACAGCGAGCAAAGGAGGAGCUGUUGAAGAAAGAACUUGCCAAAAUAAAAAAGAAAGAAUCCUUAUGGCAAGCCAAUGGUUAUUCUUCAUUAAACAUUGAGCUAAAGGUCCCUGAUGACAGAGAUGUAAAUAAAGAUAAAAGGCCAGAUAAUGAAGAUGAUGAUGAGAAAGAAGAGAAUCAAAGACUGUCUAUUCAUUAUGUCAGUGGAGAUGUGACUGAUCCUGUUGAUACUGAGACCAAGGACAAUAUUAUAGUCAUGUGUGCUGAUGAUUCUGGCAAGUGGGGCAAAGGUGGUUUAUUCUCUGCUCUGUCAGCCAGAUCAAAUCAACCAAAAAAAGAGUAUGAACUAGCAGGUGAAAUGAAAGAUUUGGAAUUAGGAAACUGUCAUUUGAUACCAUUAGAGGAUGAUGGUGAAAGUAAGGAGCAUGGCAAUGAUUUGCUAGCUUUGAUAAUAGCUCAGAAAAGAUCCAAAGCAUCUAAAAAGUUAUCAGGGGUUAAGUUGUCUGCCCUUGAAACAGGUCUGCAGAAAGUCUGCCAAGUGGCCAAAGAAAGAGAUGCAAGUGUUCAUCUGCCACGUAUAGGGUAUGAUACUCCAGAGUUCAAUUGGUAUGGAACAGAGAGACUUAUACAGAAACAUUUAGCAUCAAAAGGGAUUCCAACAUUUAUAUAUUACUUCCCCAGACACAAAGCUGCAAAGAGAAAGCACACCAACAACGCACCAAAAGUGCUGAUGGACUCGGAUGCAGAAUCUAGUGAAGAAACAAGCCCUAAAAAACAAAAGGAAAUUAAGUCUUCAUUACCAAAUUUAUUUUCAUGCAUUGCUGUCUACUUUCACAAUGUAGAUGAAGAUUUAAAGAAAAAAAUGACAAGAUAUAUUCUAGCUUAUGAUGGUGAUGUUGAGAAAUCUAUGAACAUAUCUACCACACACCUCAUCACAAACCCAGACACAAAUAAAUUGCAACUCAAUGAUGUUGUCAAACAUUUCCAGUGCCGUAUUGUCUCUCCUGCUUGGCUAAUGGACUCAGUCAGCAAAGGGAAGGUGCUCCCAACAGAAGACUACCUCAUAUCUCUAACAUAAUUUUUGUUUUUAAAUUAUGAGCUAUAUUUUCUAGUAAUUGAUGUUCUUCAUAAUUCCUUGUAACAUACUUGUUUUGAAAAAUGAGAGUUUAUCUGUUUCUAACUAAAUAAUUUUAUUGAUAAUUUCUUAGAUAGUCAGCCUUAGUGUUAAUGAAAUUAUUAUAAGAUCAUUUCAUAGUGCAGAGAAGCAAUAAGUUGAGGGAAUGAAAAGCUAGUCAUUGACAUAAUCUCAGAAGUCAUUGUUUCGUGUAUUUUUAUCUAAUCUGGGAGGGAAAAAAACUUGUGCUUAUAUAUCAUCAGAGCUUGAGUCGUGUAAUUCAAUUUUGUUAUUAAUUGUAUCUCAGAAAAUAUGAUUCUAUCUAACCAUUCUGUUAUGUUAUAUUUCAUUGACCAUUAAUAUUUCAAAAAGUUUGUGUUGAGAAAACGUGAGAGGUCUUUGAAACUGCUGCCAUAAUUAUGUUACAGUCAUCUACUAGAUUUGAUAGUAUAAAAUGACAGCUAUAAACUUUGUUUUGUAAAUAGUGUUUCAUUCAUAUUUUUAUAUUUCUUUGUUGCUGUUACUGUUAAUUGUAAAAAAAAAAAAAAUACAUUAUUAAUUUAAAAGCGAA